AUGAGCGCCCAGAAGGAGAAGUGGUCGACCCAGCUGGAGUUUAUCUGCUCCUGCAUCGGUUACUCCGUGGGGCUGGGCAACCUGUGGCGGUUCCCGUACGUGACAUACAAGAACGGGGGCUCCGCCUUCCUGAUCCCCUACAUCGUCAUCAACCUUGUCAUCGGCCGGCCCAUAUACUACGUAGAGCUCCUCCUGGGACAGUUUUGCGGCCAAGGACCCCUUGGUGCUUUCCGCUUGUCGCCCAUGUUCCAGGGCAACGCAUUCUGCAUGAUGUGGGGCGCCUUCGUCACGACCAUCUACUACCAGAUGAUAAUCACGUACGCGGUGGUCUACUUCUUCCACUCGUUCAAGAGUCCGCUGCCCUGGACCGACUGCUUUGAGUGGUGGGGCGUGCCCCUGGACGGAUGCGUCACACGUCUCAAAUUGAGGCACGUGUGCAGCAACAUACGCAAGAGCCUCGUCAUCGCCGGCAUCAACGACACCACAGCCGAGUCGCCCGUAGUUGUCAGCUACAACGGCAGCAGCGUGCUUGUGUCGCAGAACGAGUACAACAGCCGCUUCGCUGGGUGCGUGGAUGCCAACGCCUCGUCGGUCGACAUGUUCUACAACCGAGUGGUGCUCAACAUAUCCUCUUCCUUCGAGAAGGUUGUUGGUAAGGUGGUUCUCGUGACCGCCACGGCACCAUACCUCAUUCUGACCGUCAUGCUCAUUCGCGGCAUCACGCUACCCGGAGCCAGCAUCGGCUUGCGGUACCUACUCGUGCCGCAGUGGAACACGCUGCUGAGCCCGGAAGUGUGGCGCGCGGCCACUGAACAGACCUUCUACUCGCUCAGCAUCGGCACUGGCGGUCUUUUGGUGUACGGCGGAUACCAGCCGUUCCGCAGCAACAUGUCUUCCAGCGUCAUCUUAAUCUGCCUCGUCGAUUUCGUGACCAGCGCAUUCGCCUCCCUGGUGGUGUUUUCGGUUCUGGGAAACUUGGCGCACACGUUGGACAUCCCGAUCGCGGAGGUAGUGGCCGCCGGGCCGGGUCUCGCCUUCGUUACCUACCCCGAGGCCCUGUCCCUGAUUCCAUUUCCCAACCUAUGGGCGGUGCUGUUUUUCGCCAUGCUCUUCUUUCUGGGCAUCGACUCGCAGAUGGGCAACUGCGAAUUCCUCACCAAUUCCAUCCAGGAACUGUUUCCCUCGUUCGAGAGACAGCGUGCCAUGACCGCCUUCAUGUACUGCUCAUUCUGCUUCCUCAUCGGACUGGCCCUCACUACGCAGGGGGGCCUGUACGUCCUAACGAUCCUGGAUAACUACUUGGGCGCCCUGAUAGUCUUGUUCACGUGCCUGGGCGAAGCCAUCAUCGUGGCGUGGGUAUACGGCAUCAACCGCUUCUUCUUCGACGUAACCUUCAUGACGGGUAGCUGUCCCAGCUAUUUCGUGCUCGUUGCAUUCAAGUACUGCGCGCCGGUGGUCUUGGGCUGCUUCCUGUUCUACAGCCUGUACGAGUUCCCGCGGAGCAGCGUGGGUGAUUACGUCCUCCCGAUGUGGGCCGACCUGUUUGGCUGGACUCUGGCGCUGGUUGGACUGGCGCCGCUCAUCAUCAUUGCCGUGGUCAAGCUGGCCCAGUGCGGAUUCAGCUGGCGCCGAGCGGCUCAUCCCGAGAGUGACUGGGGCCCGGCUGAGGCCAAAUACCGAAUCCUCUAUCGCGAACGCCUUGUAGAGGUGGGCUUUGCCGAGUUCCACUUCCACGCGUUGCCGGCAGCCCCAGCACCCGAGGCCGAGCCACCGCCACAACCUUAGAGCCGGUCUAAGGACGCCUUUCUCGUCGGGAUUCGAUGAAUAAAUGUUAAUGUUUCGAUCAUCAGUGACUGCAAGUGGUAACGAUGCACUUAAGGUAGGAAUAAAUGCGCGCGAGUUAGAUCUUAAGUAUUUGUACCGAUGCCGAUGGACUCGAUAGCGUUUAGUUGCACGGCCAAGACAUGAUGUGGUGUGAUCUGGCAGUCAAGUUUUCAGUGAUAAAGUUAGAAGCGCAAACAAUGUAUCUCGAUAUUUAUUUUUCAGUGAUGUGUUCUUUGUGAUGUAAAGAAAAUAUUCGAGCGUAUAACAGGCAGUUGUGUAUAAUAGUGCCAACAGUUUACAAUUUUAGUUUUAAACUGAAGUAGUUUUUUUUUUUAUAUCGUGUGUGCUAGCUGUGAUGAUAUACGUUUCGCGCAGCGUACAACUUCGUGCAAUAUUCAGGCGCGAGGCCAGAUACAUAUGCUAAUUAACAUUUAAUAUACUUUGCGGCACGAGGUAUCAUAUGCUCAAAUUGAAAAUUAGUCUUAGGUGCAUGUGUCUGUAAGCAUACAUGCCAAAUGCCAAAACUUGCAGUUUAAUCUACACUGUUGUAUCCACCACGAAACUUCAUAUAAACAAAUACAUUGACAUGUGUGAUUGACUUGUGUUCCUUCAAGGAGAAAGCCUUGUAUGUUGCUUGAGAAGGUUCACGCAGUGAAAAGAUAGCAUGUGUACAAUAAUGAUAAAAAAAUGUGGCUGAUCCAUUUAUAUAACAGCACAGCAUUAAAGUGAAACGCGUCUUUACAGAGG